GAACUCACACUUGACACAAACACAGCACACAGAAACCUCAAACUGUCUAACACCAACAGGAAGGUGACAUGUGUAAAGGAGGAGCAGCCAUAUCCUGAUCAUCCAGAGAGGUUUGAGUCCUAUCCUCAGCUGCUGUGUAGAGAUGGUGUGACUGGUCGCUGUUACUGGGAGGUUGAGAGGAAAGGAGGGGUUGUAAUAGCAGUGAGUUACAGAGGAAUCAGCAGGAGGAGAGGAGGCAGUGGUGACUGUAUGUUUGGAUGGAAUGAUAAGUCCUGGAGUCUGAGCUGCUCUGAUGGCGGUUACUCUGUCAGUCACAAUAACAUAGAAACAGCCAUCCCCUCCUCUGUCUCUAAUAGGGUAGCAGUGUAUGUGGACUGGCCUGCUGGCUCUCUGUCCUUCUACACAGUCUCCUCUGACUCACUGAUCCACAUCUACACCUUCAACACCACAUUCGCUCAGCCUCUUUAUCCUGGGUUUGGGUUACGAUUUGGGUUACGGUGUUGGUUACGGUUUGGGUCCAGAUCAGAGGGUUCCUCAGUGUCUCUGUGUCCUGUGGAGGACAGAGAGUAUCCUCCUGUCACAGAAUCAGACAGUUGA